AUUCUUCUCAGACUAUUUCUAUUACCUUCUCUCUUUCUCUUCUUCUGAUCAGCUCCUUCUCUCUUUCUCUCACUCUUCCUGACGUCCAGUGACUGCAUCUACCUUUUGCAAGAUACUACAGGAAAAGAAAUAUGGUUCGAAAGAAAGAUCGAUUUUGGGAGUAUGUUGAAGAACUAAAUGGUCGUUUUAAAUGUAAGUUUUGUAAACUUGAUUUUGCUGGGGGUGCUACAAGGAUUAAAUACCACUUGGCUCAAGCUAAAGGCCACGAUAUUAAUAUUUGUACAAAAGUGCCUAAAGAGGUCCAAGUGGAAGCUUCUCUAACAAUUGGUGAACCUAACAAAAAGCUAAAGGGUGCAUCAACUUCAAACAAGGAUAAGGAGAGGGAAAUCAGCUCAACUUCAAUAUCAAAGGAUGACAUUUUAAGCGGAGUGUUUGAAAAGAGUAAGGCAAAAUACAUUGCUGAAAUUUUACUUGGUGUUUUUGUGGAGGGACUUCUAGCCAAGUUAAGAUCAAUUGUUAUAGAGCAACAUAUUAGUUUUGAGUUGGGUUUCAAGGAAGGGCUAAUAGAUCUUCUUAUCUUGUUAACCCAAAGUCAACUUGUGUUAAAUGAUGCUGAGAAAAGACAAGCAAGUGAUGAUUUUGUGAGGAGUUGGUUAGCAGAGCUUAGACGUGUUGCUUAUGACAUUGAUGAUGUACUAGACGAGUUUGGCUAUAACAUUCUUCAGCAAAAGGUACUAAACUACUCUUCACCCUCUAAUGACAUUAUCAAUAUGGCAAACAAAAUUAACACCAUCAACGGAUCAUUAAAUAGACUUAAAGGUGACAUUGCUAGUUAUGAUCUUCAAGUGGAGUUUGUGAAUUCGAUCCCUGAGAUUAGCUUUAACAUGGAGAUAGACUCCUUCCUUGAUGAUUCAAAAGUUAAUCAAAAUAUUGGAAAUAACAUUGUUGAAGCAACCUGUUGUGAUAGUGUGAUAGAAAUCACAGAGAAUCUUCCCCAAUAUGAAUUAACAGAAUAUGAUUAUUGGUCCAUAUUCAAGAAAAGAGCAUCUGCAAAUGAAAGACUUCUAACUCUAGAUUUGGAGAAAAUUGGAAAGGAGAUUGUUAAAAAAUGUAAAAGGGUUCCAUGGGCUGCAAGAUUUUUAGGGGGAGUAAUGUACUUUAUACAUGAUAAAGGUGAAUGGCUAUCGAUUCAAAAUAAUAAAAAUUGGGAUUUACAGGACGAUGAUAACAAUGGAGUGUUUCACAUAUUAAAGUUAGGCUAUGAUCAUCUUCGAACACCAUCUUUGAAACGAUGUUUCGCAUACUGUGCAAUUUUCCCUAAAGAUUAUGACAUGAAAAAGGAUGAAGUAAUUCAGUAUUGGAUGGCUGAAGGGUUCCUUGAACCAUCUAAAGAAGGUAACACAGUGAUGGAAGAUAUUGGUAACACGUAUUUCAAUAUUUUGUUGGCUACUUCCUUUUUCCAAAAUGCUAGAAAGGAUGUCUGUGGUGAUAUUAUUAGUUGCAAAAUGCAUAAUUUGGUGCAUGAUUUUGCCCUUUCAAUUUCAAAAUCUGAAAUUCUAAUUUUGGAGGGAGAUUCUGUGGAUAAUCAUAAUGUUAGUAAAGUACAACCCUUAUUUGUCCGAUCUGAUGGCGAAACAACACCAAGAACUUUAUUUAGUGGAGAUGGUUUCACAAAAAUGCGCACAUUAAUUUCAAAAAAUCUAGACUUUGAUGACAUGUUAUCAAAUUUUAAAUGCUUACGUGUUUUAAAAUUAUCCGGAUGGAGUAUAAUAAGGUUGUCAAAUUCAAUUGAGCAGUUGAUACAUUUGAGGCUUCUUCACAUCUUGGACACUAAAAUUAUGGAAUUACCAAAAUCCAUUACGAAACUCUACAAUUUGCAAACUUUAAGAAUAGAAUGCCCUAGACUCAAUAAGCUUCCGAAAGACCUAAGCAAUUUGAUUAACUUGAGACAUAUUAUUAUUAGUGUUGGGCAACCAAAAAGAUUGGCAGAUAUUUUUUAUUUUACGGAUGGGUACAGAGGUAGUCAACUCAAAAAUAUGGGACGGUUGACUUGCCUUCAAACAUUGAAAUUUUUUGUUGUGGGUCAAGAUGAAGGUUAUAGGAUUAAAGAAAUGGGACCCCUAAAAAAUCUCAAAGGAGAAAUAAACAUAUACAAUUUAGAGAAUGUGAAAGAUGAGGAAGAAGCCAAAAGUGCAAAAUUAAAAGAAAAGGAAAUAUUCAAGUUGGGAUUAUUUUGGAAUCCUUUUGCUAGAGAAUUGGAUAGGUAUGAUGAAGAUGAAAAGGUGUUGGAAGGCCUCCAUCCUCACCCAAGUUUGAAAAGCUUAACAAUCGGAGAGUUUAGAGGAAAGAAAUUCCCAUCUUGGGCUAAUGAUUUGUCGCUAUUUCAUAAUCUGAUUCAUAUCAAAUUGAUUGGGUUUACGGAAUGUGAAGAAGUUCCCACUCUGGGGCAUUUACCCUGUCUUAGGGUUCUUGAAAUAUUUUACAUGGGCAACAUAAGAAGUAUAGGAAGUAAAUUUUACAAUUACAGUGAUGGGAGUUACAGAAAUACUACUACAUUAUUUCCGGCAUUGAGAAUACUCAAAUUGGAGUGGAUGCAAAGCUUAGAAGAGUGGAAGGAUGCAAAGGAGUUGACAAGCGCAGGUGAGGUGUUGUUGGUAUUUCCUUGCCUUGAGGAGUUGAUUAUUAGAGAGUUUGGUAAACUGAAAGAUUUGCCAGACUCACUGCGCACCCUCGUUUCCCUUCAGAAGUUGGUAGUAAAAAAUUGUCCUAAGCUGAGGUCAUUGCCAUGUGUCCCGUCAGUUAUUCAACACUUGGAGAUAAUAGGGUGUAGUAUUGAUGAACUACCCAGUGGGCUACAAUUCUGUGCAUCUCUUAAAUAUUUGUAUAUUUGGGGCUGUAGGAAUUUGAAAUCAAUUCCAGAAUCACUGCACACCUGCGUUUCCCUUCAGAAGUUUGAAAUAGGGGAUUGUCCUCACCUGAGUUCUUUGCCAUGUGUCCCGUCAGUUAUUGAAGAAUUGAAGAUAAUAAGGUGUGGCAUCGAUGAACUACCCAGUGGGCUACAAUUGUGUGCAUCUCUUAAAUAUUUGUUUAUUGGGGACUGUCCGAAUCUGAAAUCAAUUCCAGAAUCACUGCACACCUGCGUUUCCCUUCAGAAGUUUGAAAUAGGGCAUUGUCCUCACCUGAGUUCUUUGCCAUGUGUCCCGUCAGUUAUUGAAGAAUUGAAGAUAAUAAGGUGUGGCAUCGAUGAACUACACAGUGGGCUACAAUUGUGUGCAUCUCUUAAAUAUUUGUUUAUUGGGGACUGUCCGAAUCUGAAACCAAUUCCAGAAUCACUGCACACCUGCGUUUCCCUUCAGAAGUUUGAAAUAGGGGAUUGUCCUCACCUGAGUUCUUUGCCAUGUGUCCCGUCAGUUAUUGAAGAAUUGAAGAUAAUAGGGUGUGGCAUCGAUGAACUACCCAGUGGGCUACAAUUCUGUGCAUCUCUUAAAUAUUUGUAUAUUGGGGACUGUCCGAAUCUGAAAUCAAUUCCAGAAUCACUGCACACCUGCGUUUCCCUUCAGAAGUUUGAAAUAGGGGAUUGUCCUCACCUGAGUUCUUUGCCAUGUGUCCCGUCAGUUAUUGAAGAAUUGAAGAUAAUAGGGUGUGGCAUCGAUGAACUACCCAGUGGGCUACAAUUCUGUGCAUCUCUUAAAUAUUUGUAUAUUGGGGACUGUCCGAAUCUGAAAUCAAUUCCAGAAUCACUGCACACCUGCGUUUCCCUUCAGAAGUUUGAAAUAGGGGAUUGUCCUCACCUGAGUUCUUUGCCAUGUGUCCCGUCAGUUAUUGAAGAAUUGAAGAUAAUAGGGUGUGGCAUCGAUGAACUACCCAGUGGGCUACAAUUCUGUGCAUCUCUUAAAUAUUUGUAUAUUGGGGACUGUCCGAAUCUGAAAUCAAUUCCAGAAUCACUGCACACCUGCGUUUCCCUUCAGAAGUUUGAAAUAGGGGAUUGUCCUCACCUGAGUUCUUUGCCAUGUGUCCCGUCAGUUAUUGAAGAAUUGAAGAUAAUAGGGUGUGGCAUCGAUGAACUACCCAGUGGGCUACAAUUCUGUGCAUCUCUUAAAUAUUUGUAUAUUGGGGACUGUCCGAAUCUAAAAUCAAUUCCAGAAUCACUGCACACCUGCGUUUCCCUUCAGAAGUUUGAAAUAGGGGAUUGUCCUCACCUGAGUUCUUUGCCAUGUGUCCCGUCAGUUAUUGAAGAAUUGAAGAUAAUAAGGUGUGGCAUCGAUGAACUACCCAGUGGGCUACAAUUCUGUGCAUCUCUUAAAUAUUUGUAUAUUAGGGACUGUCCGAAUCUGAAAUCAAUUCCAGAAUCACUGCACAAGAUUGUCCGAAUCUGUAUUCAGAAGUUUGUAAUACAAGAUUGUCCUAAGCUGAGGUCAUUGCCAUGUGUCCCGUCAGUUCAACACUUGGAGAUAAUAGGGUGUAGUAUUGAUGAACUACCCAGUGGGCUAAAAUUCUGUGCAUCUCUUAAAUAUUUGUAUAUUAGGGACUGUCCGAAUCUGAAAUCAAUUCCAGAAUCACUGCACACCUGCCUUUUCCUUCAGAAGUUUGAAAUAGGGGAUUGUCCUCACCUGAGUUCUUUGCCAUGGGGCCCGUCAGUUAUUGAAGAAUUGAAGAUAAUAGGGUGUGGCAUUGAUGAACUACCCAGUGGGCUACAAUUCUGUGUAUCUCUUAAAUAUUUGUAUAUUGGGGACUGUCCGAAUCUGAAAUCAAUUCCAGAAUCACUGCACACCUGCGUUUCCCUUCAGAAGUUUGAAAUAGGGGAUUGUCCUCACCUGAGUUCUUUGCCAUGUGUCCCGUCAGUUAUUGAAGAAUUGAAGAUAAUAGGGUGUGGCAUCGAUGAACUACCCAGUGGGCUACAAUUCUGUGCAUCUCUUAAAUAUUUGUAUAUUGGGGACUGUCCGAAUCUGAAAUCAAUUCCAGAAUCACUGCACACCUGCGUUUCCCUUCAGAAGUUUGAAAUAGGGGAUUGUCCUCACCUGAGUUCUUUGCCAUGUGUCCCGUCAGUUAUUGAAGAAUUGAAGAUAAUAGGGUGUGGCAUCGAUGAACUACCCAGUGGGCUACAAUUCUGUGCAUCUCUUAAAUAUUUGUAUAUUGGGGACUGUCCGAAUCUGAAAUCAAUUCCAGAAUCACUGCACACCUGCGUUUCCCUUCAGAAGUUUGAAAUAGGGGAUUGUCCUCACCUGAGUUCUUUGCCAUGUGUCCCGUCAGUUAUUGAAGAAUUGAAGAUAAUAGGGUGUGGCAUCGAUGAACUACCCAGUGGGCUACAAUUCUGUGCAUCUCUUAAAUAUUUGUAUAUUGGGGACUGUCCGAAUCUAAAAUCAAUUCCAGAAUCACUGCACACCUGCGUUUCCCUUCAGAAGUUUGAAAUAGGGGAUUGUCCUCACCUGAGUUCUUUGCCAUGUGUCCCGUCAGUUAUUGAAGAAUUGAAGAUAAUAAGGUGUGGCAUCGAUGAACUACCCAGUGGGCUACAAUUCUGUGCAUCUCUUAAAUAUUUGUAUAUUAGGGACUGUCCGAAUCUGAAAUCAAUUCCAGAAUCACUGCACACCUGCGUUUCCCUUCAGAAGUUUGUAAUACAAGAUUGUCCUAAGCUGAGGUCAUUGCCAUGUGUCCCGUCAGUUAUUCAACACUUGGAGAUAAUAGGGUGUAGUAUUGAUGAACUACCCAGUGGGCUACAAUUCUGUGCAUCUCUUAAAUAUUUGUAUAUUUGGGGCUGUCCGAAUCUGAUAUCAAUUCUACAUUUCACUGCCCUUGAAGAGCUGCGGAUACAGAAAUUUAACGGAAUGGAAGCUUUGCCUGAUUGGUUCAGCUAUCUUUCUUCUCUUCAAAAGCUGUCUCUUCGCCGCUGCAAAAAGCUGAUGUCUCUCCCCGUUCCACACCUCACCAAUUUGAAACAUCUGCACAUUGAUUAUUGCCCCAAUUUAGAGGAAAGAUAUGCAGAAGAGAGCGGCGAUGAGUGGUCCGAGAUUGCCCAUGUUCCAUACAUCAGAAUCAAUGGAAAAUACAUCCAAGGGGGAGAGGAUUACGAUUCUGACGACUCUGAAGAUGAAGACUCUGAUGACUCUGAAGAUGACUCUCACGACAACUUGCAAGAAGAUUCCAUCUUGGAAAAUAACCAGCUCGAUGACAACUGGUGCGAAGGUACUUCAGGUUUGGAAAAUAACCAACUCGAUUACAACUGGUGCGAAGGUACUUCAGGUUUGGAAAAUAACCAACUCAAUUCCAACUGGUGGGAAGGUACUUCAGGUUUGGAAAAUAACCAACUCGAUGACAACUGAUGCCAAGUGACUGGGUUCUGUACCCAUUGUGCCUAUGUGCAUAAACAGAAUUGCUAGUCUAUGUAAAGGUAUUAUUAUUGCUUAACCUGAACAAAUGUCCUUUGCUAAUUGAAGCUUAUAAGAUUUGGUGACCACUCUGAUUGAUCUAGAUCAUGCAAUUGUUUGGAGGAUAGAUCCCACUCACUUGCAUAUAUGGUGAUGGACCAGUAUCUAUAAACUGACCAAGUUGUUGAUACAUUCUGCCAAUUUCCAUAACUUGCUAAUUUGCUAGUUCUGCAUAAUUCUGGAUAGUUCUGCUACCCAACAGGCAAAUGCAAUUGAGACAAUAUGCCUAUUGUUUCCAGCUGGUGGAACAAUUGUUUAUAAUUGCAAGCUGAUGAACAGAGGAAUGUAUAUACUUAAUAUUGAGAUAGCAACAUUCUAGGACAAGGAGGAAGCUGGGGUUGGGCUGGUAAUCAGAGUUGCACGGGACUACUUAUAGCUGUGAUGAGUAAGAGAAGUUUGUGUAUGAAUCCAACGAAAUUGAGGUGAUUGUUGCUGACUGCUGAUAGAGUGCUGAGUUUUGCAAACUAUCAAAUAUAUGAAGGUACAUAUGAUCUGUUUGCGUCUGGGAAAAUAAUCAACUCGAUUCAACUGAUGCCGAGGCACUGGGUACAGCAUAUCUAUUGAGUUUAGUUGGAGGAAAAAUUUAUUCAUGGAGCUUUAACACACUGCCAAGAAAAUGGAAGAGAAGAAUAUCCAUCACUGCCCCAAAUUAAAGGAAAGCUGUGCAAAGGGAAGCCGUGCAGAGUGGGUGGUCUAGGAUUUCCUUCCCACAUUCCAAAUAUCAUUUUUUAUUGAAUUUAUCAAAGAAGAAGCAGUUUGAAGAUCAUAUACAUUAUUAAGAUGGAUGACCAACACUAGGGACAGCAUAUCUAUUGUAUUCAGCCGGAGGAAAAAUGAAUUAACUUAUGGACUUUUAAUCUAGCCACAAGCUAUAGGAAGUUUAUGAGAAUUGGUAAGUUUCCGUAAUCUUUGCUUGUCUUCAAAUAUAUGAAGUACUAAUUCAAUCCAAUAAGUAUACCAUUUAUGCCAAUUAUCCCCUCUUCCCUUUCACUUUUCCUACAUUAGCAUCUAUUUCAUCUUGGUAAUCUGAUGAUAUUCUAAUACUUGUAGUAUUCACGUGUUGAUGUCAUUGUAUCAAUGUUGGUAGUGACAGGUAGCACUUGAAAUUUCUUUUAAUGUAAAAGCCACCACGAUUCCUUAUUUAUCAGAGGAUUUUUUUUCCGAUAUCAAGGAUACUUCACACAGCACCCAUUUUGGAGCCUAAGCUUCUUUUGGUUGUCAGGGCUGUUUGGCCAGCUUUGACACCUAUAUGUGCUUAGUUGGAGGCAUUAAAUUUUGACAAUGUUGGAGCCUCUACAUAUGUUUUGUGGUAACUUUUCGUGUUUGUAAGAACUGAAGUUCUGGAACAAGAACUGCUACUAUCAACCAACAUUGCAGGGAGUGGUUGUCAAAGCUGGCUGCUUUGUUUCUUACUGUUUGCUAGAGUUCCAUUGGUAGAAGAUUGGUCAUAUUCCAAGAAUCACAGUGGGGAAAUUUAAAUUGGUUCCAAUGCAAUUGAUUUAGUGAAAUUUGCAUUGGCAUAUCUAAUGUGUUCAGCUCGAGGAAACAUUAUUCAUGGAGCUUUUAACCCACCUUGAAUUCAACCGAAGAGCUAAAUAUCCUAUCAUUGCUCCAAAUUAAUUGAAAGAUGUGCAAAGGGGUGUUGUGCAGAGUGGUCUAGGAUUUCCCACAUUCCAGAUAUCUAUUUUAAUGAAUGUAUUAAACAAGAAGCUGUCUGAAGAUCAUGUACAUUAUUAAGAUGGAUGACCAGUAUGUUUCAGACAAUUAAAAUCUCUGACAUGGCAGAAGUUCUUUUGGAAUAUAAAAGGAAAUGGAAAAGAAUCAGUCUUCUUUUUGGUCAAUCAUAUGUCAAUGGUGAAAAUUAGGCUAUUAUAUAUGUGGAUGGACUCCACCCUAACAUAUUUGAGAAUGUCUUUGGCAGUAAGUGGAAAGCCACUUAUUGUUCUUACAUGAGCUGUACAUUUGCAAGAGGCUGCAAUAUUUGCUUAUGGUGUAACUGGCUUAUUGCAAUAUCUGCUUAUGGUAGGAGCUGUGGUCAAUUUUCAUUGUCUAUUCUGGAACAAGAACUGCUACCACUUAUCAGCAAUGCAGGAGGUGCUCCAUUUCUGUGGAAAGCUAGAUGGAAGUAUCUUGGAAUGGCUGUUGAAGCCGGAUGUUUACUGGUCGCUUUGCAAGGGAUAUGGAAUCAGCAAGAGUGAUCAUUACUAGAAGAUUGUUCAUAGUCCAAGAAUCACAAUGGAGGGAAUUUAAAAUGGAUUUCAAUGAAAUUGUUUCAUCGAAAUUCGAAUACUUUUCCAAUGUCAAGGAUGCUUCACGAUUGUUUGGGGUUGGGUUAACUAUUUAUCUCUUCAAGAAUAGAAGUUCAGGAGCAAGAGUGCUACUACAUACAAGCAAAGCAAGUGGCGCACUCACUUUCCAUGGAAAGCUAAAUGAAGAACUGAAGCUUGAAUUGGUUUCAAAUUUCCAAUCUAAUUGUUUCAUUGAAAUUUGCGAUAAAAGGAGCAACAAAACCAAGAUAUAUUUGAAGGCAUAAAUACGCUAUGAAAAUGGCUCUACUUGACUGCAUGCAAAGAAAUGGUGACAAACUAAAAGUCCUAUCAGCCCCUCUUCAAAGCUUCUCCAAGGUUCAAAGUGGUUGCCUACCUCCUCAUCUCCUACAUUUGGAAACAAUCUUGACCCAGAAGGAAUAUGUUAAUCAUUACAAGAAAUGAGUUCCCACCAAAUUGAAGGAGGCCAAGAAUUUGAGACUUACUCUCAGCAUGAAGAAACAUAAUCAGGAUGUUAGCACCACACCUUUGGUUGUCAGGUUGGAUGAUGAUGAAGAUGGAGCCCUAGCAUUUGAAUCAAGGCUGGCUCCUGAGGGGUACAAGGAAACCACUAAACAUAAUCCCAGAGCAAUACAUAAGAAUUUCGGGAAGCAUGUUUUGGAAAGCACUGUCAAUCUUACUAUUAAAAAUAAAAACAGAUGCCUACAAGUCUUAAAGGGACAUUAACUGAAACUGUAACUGAAAAUUUGGCUGCUUUUGCUGCAGUAUCAGAAAUUCAGAGUGCUUUCCACAAAUUUAUUCUGUCUCUGUUGCUGAAAGAGGAAGGCAAAUAAUAUAGGUCAAAGAAGCAUGGAUAAGGUUGUUUCAGUGAAGGAGUAUCUAAUGCAUACACUUGAGCCCAGGGAAGAUGUGCUUUCUCCGGUGAUAUCCAAGGCAAUGAGUCCAAAGAGAGCCCCCCGUGACAUGGGUGUGUCUGUAGAAUUGGCUAUGUUGGUUGCUCUUCUUUUAUGUCAUAUUUAAUUAAUUUUAUUUAUUCUCUUUUCUUAUGUCCUUUUGCUUUUAUCUUUAAUUAUUAUUAUAAUAUCAUUUGUUAAGGUGCGACUAAAAGUGGCUAAAAAAUCUACUUAAGCAACAUGUUUUAUUA